CAGUCCCUUGGAAACCACCCCGAAGCCCGUCGUCGCUUCCACCACGGUCUACCGUCGUUCCAUCCACGAGUCCUUACACUCGGUUAGGACCGAUUCCAUCCCCUGUUGAGCGAGAGUGAGCGAGACGAGUGAGGAUCACCCCCUUCGAGGUGAUACGAAGGAAUUGGAACUGAGGCGAGGGGCACAAGCAGAGACAUGGACAAUGUGCAAAUGAUCGGCACUAAAAUCACUGCGAUCAAGGAAUACUUAUAUAAUUUCGCCAGGACACAUUCACCAACCAGACUAAUGAGCUCCGAAAACACCUACUCGCUCUCCAAAGAGCACUGUAACUUGAAAUAUUCGGAUAUCCUGCCGCAGAAUGCCGAAGGUUAUCCAGCGACCAGGGAGUUCCUGAUGAAGGUGGUGGACAUUCUGUUGGAUUUUAUCAAGUCCACGAAUGAUAGAAACGCUAAAGUGCUCGAUUUCCAUCAUCCCUCCGACAUGAUGCGUCUCCUGGAUCUCGAAAUUCCUGAUUCUGGUUUGACUCUUCAACAACUUCUCAUCGAUUGUUCGACCACCUUGAAGUACCAAGUUAAAACAGGUCAUCCACAUUUUUUCAAUCAAUUGUCCUGCGGUCUGGACCUCGUCUCGAUGGCUGGCGAAUGGUUGACAGCGACGGCUAAUACCAACAUGUUCACCUACGAAAUCGCGCCGGUGUUCAUACUGAUGGAGCACGUGGUGCUUCAAAAAAUGAGAGAACUGAUCGGUUGGAGCGGUGGCGACUCCAUACUUGCCCCAGGAGGUUCCAUCAGUAAUCUAUACGCCUUUCUCGCUGCCAGGCAUAAAAUGUUCCCCAUGUACAAAGAACGGGGCCUCUCCGCAGUGGGUGGACAGCUGGUUAUGUUCACGUCUGAUCAGUGCCAUUAUUCGGUGAAAUCGUGCGCCGCUGUCUGCGGAUUGGGAACGGACAACUGCGUGAUGGUUCCUAGCGACGAUCGAGGCCGAAUGAUUCCUUCGAAACUGGAAGAAUUAAUUCUUGAACGCAAGGCCAAAGGACACAUCCCCUUCUUCGUGAACGCUACCGCAGGAACGACCGUCAUUGGAGCGUUCGAUCCUAUUCCAGAAAUCGCUGAUAUAUGCCAGAGACACAAGCUCUGGCUGCACAUCGACGCGGCUUGGGGUGGUGGACUGCUUCUCUCGAGGAAAUACAGGCAUCCCCGAAUGACAGGCAUCGAACGAGCCGAUUCCGUGACCUGGAACCCGCACAAACUCAUGGGGGCGUUGCUUCAAUGUUCGACGAUUCACUUCAAGGAGGACGGUUUGCUGAUUAGCUGCAACCAAAUGUCAGCCGAGUAUUUGUUCAUGACAGACAAACUGUACGACGUGAAGUACGAUACCGGUGAUAAAGUGAUUCAAUGCGGGCGUCAUAAUGACAUCUUCAAACUUUGGUUGCAAUGGCGAGCCAAGGGUACAGAAGGAUUCGGGAAACACAUGGAUCGACUGAUGGAACUUUCGGAAUACAUGGUCAGAAGGAUCAAGCAGAUGCCUGACAAGUAUUAUCUAAUCCUAGAACCAGAAAUGGUGAACGUCUGCUUCUGGUAUUUGCCAACACGCGUUAGGAACAUGCCGCAUACUCAGGAGAGAAUCAAAAUCUUAGCAGAUAUCUGUCCAAUCUUGAAAGGCCGAAUGAUGCAAGCUGGCACACUGAUGGUAGGUUACCAGCCGGACGAUCGACGACCCAAUUUCUUCAGAAAUAUUAUUUCGAGUGCCGCGGUCACGGAAGCGGACGUUGAUUUUCUUCUGGCGGAAAUGGACCGGUUAGGCCACGAUCUGUAAGAAACCUGCCUGUUCUAAUUAAUUACAUAAUCAACCGAGGGGGGCGCGAUUUAACGUAAAUCACGACACCAUAUCGAAAGUGAAAUAUUCCUGUUGAUAUUAAAAAUUCAUUAACGAGCAGGAGUUUAACCGCGUUCCAUCACGUGUACAAAAUCCGGAGAUCAAAUUCGAGAAUCGCAAUCAUGGUUAAUAAUUUAAGCACCUCGUCUACCUGCUCUCUUCUCUUCUCUAUUAAUGAAAACCAUUUCCAUUAUAAAUCGAUAUCGUUUGAUUAAUGAUAAUUUACUUUUACCAUCAACCAUGAGAAAUGAAAACCAAAUGGCUAAAUUAACGAUAAUUGUUUCUCCAUCGAUGGAGAUUAUUAUAUUUUGCCUUGAUAUUUAAUUUGAUUAUUCGUAAUCGAAAUUGACGAGAGAAGGGAGUGGGUCGCGUGAUCAUCAUCGUAGCACGAAAAAGAAAAAAAAAAAAAACGCUUCUUCAGCAUAUUUACGAAGCAACAAACCGAAGAUCAAAGGAUACUCAUAGCACGUAAGUUCUCUAGAUGUAAGCGUAUAUCCGUGACGAAACGAAAGAGUCAAGUUAAAAAAAAAAAAAGCUCUAGCGAUGCUUCCGGCCGUAAAUGUUACUAGUUCUCAUUCUCAGCGCUAUAAAUACUUUCUUAGAGAGUGAAGGGAGACGAAGGAAUAGCAACGAUGUGUUUUCAUCGUAAAAUGAAGCAAUAGUAAAGUAUAGAUAUAUCACGCUUAUAGCCAACGAUUCGGUCCCUUCUUUUUUUAAAUCGAUAAUUUGAUUUCUUGCUCGAGGAUAUAUGCAUACGAAUGCAUAUCAAUCAGUUCCGUUUCAUUUAUUAUUAUUCUUGCAGAAUUUGUAGAGACGUAGUCGAAAUUGAUCUCGAACGAACAAUUAGAUUUGCGCAAGCUUCCCAAGUUGGCGCAAGUUGGACAAUAUAAGCAAAUAAGCGAGUAGAAAUUUCAAAAAGGGAAAUUGAAAUGAAGAAAAAAAAGAAUUCGUUCGAAUAGAACGAGAUAGAAUGUACAAAAUAUUUUUACUUGGAAUGGAGUACUUAUAUAGAAGAAAUAUAAAGACGAUAUCACGAUUAAAAACGAUAGCUUUAAUUUCUCUGUUUAGAUAGUUACAAUCCAUUUUGCUCGUUAAUUUGUUGAGAUGAUUAAAAUGAAUUUGUUAUUUAUUGAUCGUUUGCAAAACUGAUCGUUACAAUGAAAGAGAUAUGGCCUGCAUCCAUUAUUAUACAAAUGUACGUAUGUUAUUAUUUAUUAUCGAAGAGUUUCACCAAAACAGAGAGAGAAUAUUUAUUAAUAUACGUAUAGGAAACUUGGGGGAAAAAAAGAAGUAUAAAUAUAACG